AUGCCUGAGGGUACCAUCAAGAAGCCAUUACGCAUUUCCAUUGAUCGCGGAGGAACCUUCACCGAUUGUAUUUGUAAAGUGAUUAACGGAGACGAUAUUCUCGUGAAGAUCUUAUCCGUCGACCCAAAGAAUUAUGCCGAUGCCCCAACUGAGGCAAUUCGUCGAGUUUUGGAGAUACACUAUAAAACUUCAAUUCCACGGGGCUCUGAACUAGAUCUUGAAGAUGUUGAAUGGAUCCGAAUGGGCACAACGGUUGCGACUAAUGCGCUACUCGAGCGCAAAGGCGAGCGGACAGCCUUACUUGUCACUGAAGGUUUCAAGGACAUCUUGUAUAUUGGCAACCAGAGCCGACCAUACAUGUUCGAUCUGUCAAUUCGACGAGCAAAGCCGCUGUACUCGGACGUCUUUGAAGUCAAAGAGCGUGUUACAGUUGCGACAUGCAGCGACUCAAAUCUCCGAAAUAUGAAGCUGCAAUCCCCAGAGCCAGUCGAGUCGAUCACCGGUACCUCUGGUGAAGUUGUUCAAGUGCUGAAGCCUAUCGACUUGACAAGUACUCGGACCUAUCUGCAAGAAAUAUAUGACAAGGGCUUCCGCUCAUUAGCGGUGUGCCUCAUGCAUUCCUACAUCUUCCCGGCUCAUGAGUUGCAGGUUCGCGAAUUGGGGCUCGAGAUUGGGUUCAAAUACAUCUCUCUCUCGCAUCAAACCUCCCCACGACCAAAGCUUGUCCCUCGUGGAAAUUCCACGGUGGUUGACGCAUACCUGACUCCAAACAUCGAGCAAUAUUUGCAACAAUUCUCGAAGAAUUUUCCUAAUAUUGACCAGUCCGGGACGCGAUUGGAGUUCAUGCAGUCAGACGGUGGAUUGGUCCCCUCGUCAAAGCUUUCUGGGCUGCAUUCUAUUCUCUCCGGACCGGCAGGAGGUGUGAUUGGCUUCUCUCAAACUUGUUUUGACGCUGAAGAUCAGAUUCCCGUCGUUGGAUUUGACAUGGGAGGCACUAGCACCGAUGUCAGUCGAUACGACGGCGAAUUGGAUCACAUAUUUGAGACAACGACUGCUGGAAUCGCGAUCCAAGCCCCACAAUUGAAUGUGAAUACUAUCGCGGCCGGCGGAGGAAGUAUACUGGCUUGGAAAGAUGGACUCAUGUCAGUUGGGCCUGAAAGUGCCACCUCCAAUCCUGGGCCAGCCUGCUACCGUAAAGGAGGUCCUUUGACUGUGACCGAUGCAAAUUUGGCACUAGGGCGGUUGAUUCCAGAGCAAUUUCCCUCGGUAUUUGGCAUCAAUGAGAAUGAAUCAUUGGACAGAGAGGUUGUUUUAGCCAAGUUCAAAGAUCUCACCCAAGCUAUCAACAAAGAAACGGGUAAAUCACUAAGUUGGGCAGAGGUUGCCGAUGGUUUCCUCCAGGUAGCCAACUCGGCAAUGUGCGGUCCCAUUCGAAGUUUGACCGAAGCCAAGGGUCAUGAUGUUGCAAAACAUCAUCUCGCGUCGUUUGGUGGUGCAGGGGGUCAGCAUGCCUGCGCUAUCGCCGAAGCCCUGGGAAUUCAGAGAGUGUUGAUCCAUAAGUACUCCUCUAUUCUCUCUGCCUAUGGAAUCGGAUUGGCAGAUCUCGUGCACGAGGAAGAGCGGGUAUGCGCAAAAGCCUUUGAUGACUCUACGUGCGAAACAAUAUACAGCGAGGUAGACAUCCUCACAAACAUCGCCCGAGGCAAUGAAACCAUGAAGCCAUUCAACAUUGUUCAGACCCGCCGCUUCUUGAACAUGAGAUACGAUGGUAGCGAGACUUCAAUCAUGGUUUCUCUGGAGACCUCUGGGGACCCUCGGGAAGAAUUUAUCAAAGCCCAUCAUCAGCAAUUUGGAUUCACUCCUACCAACCGUGCAUUGUAUGUUGAUACUAUUCGCGUUCGCGCAAUUGGCUCCAGUGUGUUCUCUGAGUCGUCGGUCAAACCACUGGAUUCGUAUCCCAAAUUCAUUUCUGGAUCAGUGGCGCCUGUUCCUAUAUCAUGGGAGUCUACUUACUUUAGUCCAAUGGGAUGGGUGGACACACCGGUGUACCAUUUUGAUCAUUUGAGCGAUGGGUGCCAGAUCUCAGGACCUGCCCUCGUGAUUGACAAAACCCAGACGAUCUUGGUCAGCCCACACUCAAAGGCGACACUGAGACAAGAUGUACUGGUCCUUGAAGUGGGAUCUUCAGGGCCGAAAAUGACGAGCGCAGAUGUCAUCGAUCCAGUUCAGCUUUCCAUUUUCCGCCAUCGAUUCUUUGGCAUUGCAGAGCAAAUGGGACGUGUUUUGCAAAACGUCAGCAUAAGUGCUAAUAUUAAAGAGCGGUUGGAUUUCACGUGUGCAAUCUUUACACCCGAAGGGGACUUGGUUGCCAACGCACCCCAUGUGCCUGCCAUGAUUGGGAGUAUGGCCUUUGCAGUCAGAUCGCAGAUUGUCGAGUGGCAAGGUAAGUUGCAGGAUGGCGAUGUGUUACUCUCCAAUACACCAGCAUACGGAGGCGUUCAUCUUCCUGACCUCACGGUCAUUACCCCUGUCUUUGACUCCGAUGGAAAAGAUAUUAUAUUUUGGGCUGCUUCGCGUGGUCACCACGCCGACGUCGGAGGCAUUCUUCCUGGCUCAAUGCCACCCCUGUCAAAGCUUCUAUCUGAAGAGGGUGCAGUCUUCGAUUCAUACCUGCUGGUGCGCGCUGGCCAUUUCGACGAGGAAGAGCUUCAUCGUAGGUUGUGCGUAGAACCUGCGCGUUUUCCAGGCUCCAGUGGAUCCCGAUGUUUUCAAGAUAAUGUCACCGAUUUGAAAGCACAGGUUGCUGCAAACCACUGUGGCAUCCGUCUCGUGCGACAAUUAAUUGAGGAAUAUUCUAUGGAUGUGGUUCGGAUGUAUAUGCGCGCCAUUCAAGACUCGGCUGAGCUUGCCGUUCGCAAUCUCUUGAAGCGUCUCGCCCAUGAUCACAAUGGAGAAGAGAUGUCUGCCAUCGACUACAUGGACGAUGGGACACCAAUCAUGCUCAAAGUGACCAUUGACCCGUCGGAUGGUUCCGCUAUUUUUGACUUUACAGGAACCGGUCCAGAGGUUUAUGGGAACUGGAAUGCCCCAAUUGCAAUCUGCAACUCGGCAGUCAUCUUUGCGUUGCGCUGUAUGGUCAACUCUGACAUUCCCCUCAACCAAGGCUGCAUCAAACCUGUGCAGAUUAUCAUCCCUGACAAGUCAUUAUUGCGACCGAGCUUCGAAGCCGCAGUAUGCGCGGGUAAUGUAUUGACUUCGCAACGUAUCGUGGACGUGAUUUUCAAGAGCUUCAAGUUAUGUGCUGCUAGCCAAGGGUGCAUGAACAAUUUUACCUUCGGCAAUGAUGGGGAGAAUGGGUUUGGAUACUAUGAAACCAUCGCUGGUGGGAGUGGCGGAGGCCCGGGCUGGGCUGGCACAAGCGGCGUGCAUACCAACAUGACCAAUACACGUAUAACCGACCCUGAAUCACUGGAACGCCGGUAUCCGGUGAUUCUUCGUCGUUUCUGCCUCCGCGAUGGGAGUGGUGGUGCCGGGAUGUAUCCUGGAGGAGAAGGUGUCAUUCGAGAUGUUGAGCUGCGAUUGCCGAUGUCCGUGUCCAUUCUUUCCGAGCGCCGCAGCUUUGCGCCUUACGGUAUGGCAGGCGGCGAUGAUGGUAAGCGCGGAAAGAACACAUGGAUCACCAAAACUGGCCGGCAUAUCUCCGUUGGUGGCAAAAACUCGAUCCGUGUCCAAUCCGGAGACCGAUUUGUCAUUGAAACCCCUGGGGGCGGAGGAUACGGAGUUCCUGGGGCGCCAAAGAAAUCAAGCGUGGACCAGUCAAUUGUCAUGCCGUCGUUUGUUCCUAUUGCCAACGGUAGUGUGGCCGCCAAUCGGAGCUUGGCAGAGGAGGUGUAA